UUAGGUUAUUUACUCUAUUUUUUCGAUUAUCAUAUCAUGUUUGCUAUAAGCAAUUUGUCUCUUUUAAAAAUAUCUUCUCUUUUAAUUUGAAUAAUUUUCAACAUGCUCAAAUAUUUUUUAAUUUGUUUGACUUGUCGUCACUGUUAAAGGUAGAAACAUUCAAAUUUAGUAAUCUUACCAAGUAUUUUGCGUAGUAGUAGAUUUAACAGUUAGAGUUUUAUUAGGAGUUUGUUGCUCAACAGAAUUCUAAAAUUUAGCUCUAAAACUUUAUAAAAGACAAACUUAAUUAAUUCACUAAUCACUUCUUUAAUUCUCUUCAUUCAUAAUCUUUUUUUACAUACUGCUGAUUGCUCUUUCCCUUUAGCAAUAUUUCAACUUUUUAAUUCUCUUCAUUUAUUCAUAAUCUUCAAGAAUUGGGAGUAUUUCUUGUUCAUGUCUUAUGUUUUUUUGUUUGAUGGACUUUUAAGUGUGAAAAUUAAAGUUUCUUAAUCCAUUGAUAUUGUCUAUUUUAGAAGGAAAAAAGAAAAGAUUAUACAAGUUUUUGGAGGAAGAUUGAGAGUGAAAAUUUCAACUUUUUUUUUCCCUAUUUCAUUCUUACCAUAAAUGACAAAAGAUUUCACUAGUAAUUUUACUAGCAUUGGCAAUUUUCCGGCGAGGCAAGUGAUUUUCCAGCCAACACUUAACGUUGUUCUUAUCGAUACACGUUCAUCGCCAUCACCGGAAUCAGAUACUAUCACGAAACUUUCUGCUAAUUUCUCAGCGACUAAGUUCCGUAAAAGAGAAUGUCCCAAAUGGCCACAAUGGACACAACUCAAGUCAUUCCAAAGACAAAUGAAAAGAAUAAUUCAGCUGGAAUAAACAAAGGCCUCAAGCAGAGAGUCGUGAACAAGCUUAAAGUCUUUAGAAGCAAAAAAACUGGUGGAUGGUAUUCAGCAUUUCUUUGUCUAGUGAACCAAGGACUUAUAACACUAUCAUUCUUUGGUGUUGGGGUGAAUUUGGUAUUAUUCUUAACAAGAGUGUUGGGACAAGACAAUGCUACUGCUGCUAACAAUGUCAGCAAAUGGACUGGAACUGUUUAUUUGUGUUCACUUUUGGGAGCUUUCAUCAGUGACUCUUACUGGGGACGUUUUCUCACUUGCGCCAUUUUUCAGCUUAUUCUCCUCCUGGGACUAGUGAUCAUAUCAUUGACCUCUUGGCUAUUCUUGAUCAAACCGAAUGGAUGUGGAGAUGGAAUACUAAAUUGCAUACCCCCAUCUCCAAUUGGCACUGCAUUAUUUUACCUAGCCAUAUACUUAGUGGCUUUGGGCUAUGGAGGCCACCAGCCCACAAUUGCAACUUUUGGAUCAGACCAAUUUGAUGAAGCAAAUCCCAAAGAAAAAAUAUCAAGGGCAGCUUAUUUUGGCUACUUCUAUUUUGCACUAAAUGCUGGAUCUUUAAUUUCCAACACAAUUUUGGUCUAUUAUGAAGAUGGUGGUAAAUGGACAUUUGGCUUUUGGGCCUCCACUGCUGCUGGGCUUUUGGGCCUAUUUAUUUUCUUGUUGGGAACUCCUGGAUAUAGGUAUGUUAAGUCGUUUGGGAACCCGUUGCCACGUGUCGCUCAAGUAUUUGUUGCCGCGUUCCGUAAGUGGCGUGUGCCUAAUGUUAAUGGGGUAGAGCUAUAUGAAAUGGAUGGCUCAGAAUCAAGCAUUAAAGGAACCAGGAAGAUCCUUCAUAGUAACGAUUUCAAGAAACUAGACAAGGCAGCAAUAGUGACAGAAGAAGAUAGACAAAGGCCAGUGACCAACCCAUGGAGGCUAUGCACUAUCACACAAGUGGAAGAAGCAAAAUGCAUUAUAAGAAUGUGUCCAAUUUGGCUAUGCACCAUAAUGUACUCAGUGAUCUUUACUCAAAUGGCCUCUUUAUUUGUUGAGCAAGGUGAAGUCAUGGAUGCUACGAUUGGUCAUUUUCGCCUACCAGCAGCCAGCAUGUCAGCAUUUGACAUAUGCAGCGUGCUAACGUGCACGUUUCUCUACAGGUUCAUGGUGGUACCAUUAGCCGGAAAGAUUAGUGGGAAUCAAGGAUUAAUCGAGCUUCGGAGGAGGAUGGGAGUUGGACUAGUUAUCGGUAUGCUAUCGAUGGUUGCAGCAGGGGUAACGGAAAUUGUCGCGUUGCUAAGAAGAGUAAUCCCUGGAAAUGAAACAAGUUCACUAAGCAUUUUUUGGCAAAUUCCACAAUACAUUCUUGUUGGUGCCUCAGAGGUUUUUAUGUAUGUUGGACAACUUGAAUUUGAUGGACAAGCACCACGAUGGAUAAAAAGCCUAGGGAGUUCACUUUGCAUGGCAUCAAUGUCACUAGGAAAUUAUGUUAGUAGCAUGCUUGUGAAUAUGGUUAUGCAAAUCACAGCAAGAGGGACAAGGCAUGGAUGGAUACCUGAGAACUUAAAUAAUGGCCACAUUGAUAGGUUUUACUUCUUGCUAUUUGGUUUGGCUUUGGUUGAUUUGGUUGCAUUUGUGUUGUUUGCUAAGUGGUACAAAGGGAUCAAUCUUGAAGGAAGCAACAGUGGUGGUGGUGAUGAUGCUUGCACAAAGGGUGGAGAAAAAGAGAGUCAAGUUCUUGAUCAAGUUUGAACAUUUCAAGAAAGCAUGGUUCUUUUUAGGAAUUUAGAGUAAUGUAGUUUUGUUAGUGAAAUAAACUUAAAGCAUGAACCUUUUAUGUGAUCAUUUUAAAGGGCAUGAUUGCUUCUAGUUUUUUUUUAUGUCAUUAUUUAUGUUUGGGGUUCCCUAGCUAUGA